ACAUAUGACAGUUGACCACGGAACUUAUAACUUUUGACAUCAACUAAAAAUGACGAACGAUAAUCCUUUAUAUGAAAUAAAACAGCAAUUGUUUGAUUCGUUAGGUGAAGAAAAGGAAAAAAAAUAUUUAUAUUUUCUUCGAUUAUGGUGUUUAGGUAAAUUAACAUGUGAACAAUUCCACGCUGAAGUCUCGAACAUCACAACCGGUGAACAAGUUACAUUAAGUAAUAAAUUUAUUGUAUUACUAUUAAAUAGUGGAUUUAGUGGCCGUCCAAACUCGUUAAACAAAAACAAUCAAAUAGAAAAGUUUGAUAAAACAAUCUAUCAGGGCAAUUCAAGUGGCAGUGGAGGUACAAAACGAAAACGAGGAAGUUCUAAAUCGGAAUCAUAUAAAGCAUACGUAGAUUGGCAAGAUCAAAAUGAGUUUGUACUGCCAACCGUAUCACAUCAUUCGAUGGAUAAUCAGAUGAUUCGAUUUGCAGCUGAUGAAUUAUUUUUACCAGAUGUUGAAAUGGUAAAUGGUCGUUUUCAUGUUACGGCUUGGGAACAGAAAUUAACGGGAGUUGAUUCUCAAAUUGCUGAAAUUGUUAUACAAGCUAUACAGAUUUAUUUAAAAAAUAUAUUAACAGCAAUUAUUACAAAAUGUCGUGGUUUCAAAGUCAAAGACAGAUUUCCGUAUGAUAUUGGUGUGGAUGUUCCAAAUCCAUGGCUAAGAAAUACAUUAAUGAUUGAUAAUAAUAUAAAAGCAGAUCAAGCUACACCAUCGGUAUAUGGAAAUUGUAUACAACCACCAUUUAAACCAACAUUACCAGAAAUUGAAGCACGUAAAAUUUUUUCAAUAUCUUGUGCUACUAACGGUGCUGAACGGAAACGAAAUUUUGAUGGUAUACUUACAUUACAAAAUAUGUAUCAUGCGUUAAAAUAUAAUGAGAAAGUGAUUGGAAAUCAUAUGAUAUAUUCAUCACAUAUGGAACGAAUUGCUAUUACUCUUAGACAUGUAGACUAA